CUUGCUUGAGGGAGGUCUCACAGUGUGGCAUUAGUUUGGGACAAUACAAUGAGUACUAUGGAUAGGGUUACAGUUGUGAACUACUGCUUAGGACUCCUGGGUUUGUUACUACUGCAGGGAGUGUUGAAUGUAGAGGGAAGGAGCCUAUUCAACCCUGGAAACCAUGUUUUUAAUCCAAAAGAAGACACAGAUCCCCAGGGCAAGAUUCUAGCUCUGUUACUACACAAGAGCUUAGUUCCUGUUGAAAAGGAUGAUCCUCUAGGUCUUGAGCUGGCCAAUAAAUUAGCUGAAUUAGAGGAGCUGCGGGCGCUCAGGGACAACCUGGAGCUAGAGAGGGAGAUCACAGCCAAUUUGGCAGAAGGCAAAUCCAUAACUAGGAAGAGGGGAGAACCUUGCUUCUGGAAGUACUGUGUCUGACACGGAUACAAGAGGAGGAGUACCACUGUGAAAUCUUGCUGCAAAGCCCAACAUAGCCUUAAGACUCAAAACACCAGUAACAUAAUCACACUGUAUUUAUCAGCAGCAAUAUAGAGUUGUACCAUAAUCAAAGUCAUCAAUAAAUGUUUCAUUUCCACUGCACCAAGGUGCUCUCAUGAGAGUUUUAAGGACUGUGGCUGUAUAUCUUUAAUCUGUAAAUAAUCAGCUACUCACUGGGAAUACUUGAGGGUCAGAUAUGACAAAAUGUACUUGACUGCAAAGACAUAUUAUUAUUCUUAUUAUCUUUAUAAUUGCAUGGAUUUUAUUUGCCUGCUGCUUGUGUUUAUGUCGCUCUCUUGUGGCAGAAUUGGGCACAACAAAAAAAUUUUGUACCACUGCCCAACAUCGCAUCUGUUCAUUUUACUAAAUAAAUAAAAUUAUAAUGUGAAUCUGUA